AUGAAGCAGCUCAUCUCCCACCUUCUGGGCUUUUGCUGUCUCGUCUGCUUCACGGUGACUCAAUGUUUCACCAGCGAUGUUGACCGAUGUCAGGAUUCAUCUACUUGCCCUGCUUUUGCAAAAUGUGAAAAUGUUCCUGGGGGCUACCACUGCACCUGCAAACGUGGGUUUGCAUCUACUUCUGGGGAGCAAAACUUCACUGAUCCAACAGUGAAGUGCGUCGUUGACAACUGUCGGAAUUUGUCUACUUGUCCUGCUUUUGCAACGUGUGAAAACGUCCCUGGAGGCUACCACUGCACCUGCAAUCAGGGGUUUGCAUCUAGUUCUGGGAAGAAAUACUUCACUGAUGCAACAGUGAAAUGCGUCGUCGACCGAUGUCAGGAUUCAUCUACUUGUCCUGCUUUUGCAAAAUGUGAAAAUGUUCCUGGGGGCUUCCACUGCACCUGCAAACGUGGGUUUGCAUCUACUUCUGGGGAGCAAAACUUCACUGAUCCAACAGUGAAGUGCGUUGUCGACAGAUGUCAGAAUUUAUCUACUUGUCCUGCUUCUGCAACCUGUGAAAAUGUUCCUGGGGGCUACCACUGCACCUGCAAACGCGGGUUUGCAUCUAGUUCUGGGGAGCAAACCUUCACUGAUCCAACAGUGAAGUGCGUUGUUGACAGGUGUCAGAAUUUGUCUACUUGUCCUGCUUUUGCAAUGUGUGAAAACGUCCCUGGAGGCUACCGCUGCACCUGCAAUCAGGGGUUUACAUCUAGUUCUGGGGAGGAACACUUCACUGAUGCAACAGUGAAAUGUGUCAAAAACCUCUUCCGCUGCCAGCCAGGAUUCUGCAAGGAGAUGAUUUCAAAAGCCAGUGCGGCAACAUGA